CAACGCAGUCAGGUCACCUGUCUGACUGACUUGAUCUUCCUGCUGGUACCUUAGUAGAAAACUGCCCGACUAUUCCAUGCUUUGCAUGCCGUGGAAAAUGACUUGGAGUGUACGGAUGAGCCGGAGAGGUCGAUACCAGGAUGGACAUAUAGACUCUGGACCAAAAACAGAAAGCAAUGCUCGUCCCCUGAAGACAACACCGCCAGCUCCGGAACCAAUGCAGAGCCCAGAAAUCGUCGAUUCUUGCCCGGUGGAGGAUGUCGAUUGAGUUGUCGGCGUAAGCACUGCCCACCAUGUGCAGUCCACAGUCUGAAGCUUCUUGACACCGUCUACCGGGUACGGAUCAGGUCAUUUCUCGAUAUGUACACCACCGAGCCGGUCAAUGCCGACGCUAAUACGACUUGCCGACUGUGCCCCGUACUCAGGAACCUUAUAUCCCUUACUGUCAACGACUCUAUCGAGCCCUCUCACAGCGAUCAUCAAUCACGCAACAAGCUCAAAUGGACUCGGAGUCGUCGGUUCGCUUCUCACGGACCUCCUGGUAGAGUUCUCAAUGUCGGUGUGCUGACCCAAUCCUUGUCCGCAGGCUAAUGGCUGGAUUGCAAGGCAGUCAGCCAAUUCAACCCCAGACUUAGCCCCCUGACGCCCACCGUCCGAUGUGCGAAGGUGCUGUACUUGAGUCUUACACGAGGCAUAUGUCGUUCGAUCGGCUGGGAUGUCGUUCACACGACAAGAUCAGGACUCAACAAGUGUCCAGAGGGCCAUGCCUAGGAGCAUAUAUAGAUAGGUCCGUCCACCCGGCUCCUCGCUCCCAUCAACAAACAACUUCACUACAAUCUUCAACAGCAGCUUCAACUCUCCAAACCUCAACAAGACUUCAAGUCAAAUCACCCACUUUCAAACCACAAUGCAGUCCUUCAUCAUCACGUCUGCUCUCGCCCUGAUGGCCGGCUCUGCCAUCGCGGCCCCAUCGGCCCCAAACCCGGCCACGUCCCGCACCUACGACAUCAAGGGCUUCACCGAGCGCAAGACCAACGACGACGACAUCACCUUCGUCACGUUUGAAAUCUUCGGGACCAACGGCGACACCACCCACGUCCACUGCAUUCCAUUUGACAGAGACACCAAGAGGCAAACCGACAACUGGCAGGACAAUGUCAUCUAUCCCUGCCUCGAGAGCGAGGCUUUCUACUUCGCCUACUCUCAGGAAUCGGGAGUGUUGCGGUUGUUCACAAGCGGUGCCCCAACCUUGUCGUUCCACGGUACCACCCACAUCGCCGACCCAUACUGCCACACCGCUGGGCAAGACCAGAUUUGCCAGUCUCCGUCCGAUGCCUACAUCACCCUUACGCAGGGGAAAUAG